UGGGAAAAAAAUGUCGACCAAGAGGCAUAGAAGAAGAUGAAAUACAUUUUGCGUCCAUAAUUUAUUAGACUUAUAUUACAUGAAAAUUAUGCAUGAACUGAAAAAUAUAGUAUUGACAGUUUCUUGAAAAAAAUCCGACAUCGAGAAAGGAGGUUUCGUUGCGUAAGAUAAUUCCCAUCUCGGAAACUCAUUUCCUUGUCAAAAAAACAACAAAGAUGGCGACAGACUCGGGCACCUCCUACUAUCAGGGAGGUGCCAUGGUCAACUCCUACACAGAGAUCGGCAAGAGAUUUGGGUUUGAUCCAAACUUAAGCGAAAAUGAUCUACAACAAAGACUUGAUGAAAUGCGGGAACAUCUGAAAAAGGAGAUUAGAAAAGAAAUGAAGAUCAAAGAGGGGGCAGAGAAAUUGAGGGAAGUGACAACGGACAAGAAAAGUAUGUCAGACGUUCAGAGUAUCGUGAAGAAGUCCAAUAACAAACUGAAGGAACUGCAGAAUGAUCUCCAGGAAAUUAAUGCUUAUCUGCUGGUGUCCAAUAGUACUAGUGUUCAUGAUGCAUUGUCAGAUGACAGAGAUAAGGAUGCUGUAGACAUGGACCCCGUGUCUCAGAGACUUACCUCUCUAGAAAAGCAAUACGAGAUUGAGAACAAGGUAAAGCAGGGAGCAGAGAACAUGAUCAACAUGUACAGCAGCGGAAAUUUCCGUGACAAGAAGAUGCUCGCCGAGGCUCAGCAGAUGUUGUCAGACGCCAAAACAAAGAUGGAGAUCAUCAGAAUGCAGAUGCUGAAGGUCACUCAAGAUGCUACAAAUAUGGAUGAUGCAACCCAACGUUGUGAGGUUUUAUCUCCCUUGGAGCUGAGAAUAGAGGAGUUGCGUCAUCAUCUAAAAAUAGAGUCGGCUGUACAGGAUGGAGCCAAGAAUGUCCUGAAACUUCUUCAGAAUUCUAAAUCUCCUGACAGCAAAGCUUUGAAAGAGGCAACACUGAAGUUGACAGAAUCAAGUCAGAAACUAGAGCUGUUACGAAUCUCACUGGAAAAUCGGUGCAAUGAACUUGAACCUAAGUCUAAAAAAAUAGAAAUGUUGAAGAAAGAGUUGGAUGCUGUGACUAUGUCUCCUGGAUAUGCUUCUAGGGAGGAUUCAUUAAACCGAGACUCGAAAUCACAAAAUUCUUCUCCCUUCUCCAAAUCAGCAGCCAUUACAGGCAAACUGGAGGUCAGACUUGUUGGGUGCCAAGGUUUACUAGAAGACAUUCCUGGAAGAAAAAAAGAUAAUCUGCAGCUGCUCUUGUCCAGUCCUGGUGAGAGUAAGAGUCUACUCAGGGGAUCAAAGCGAAGCAGUACAAAGACGUACACCGUCAAGGAGGAACUUUCCAAUGAGGUGAUGGCGGUGGUAAAACUGGACAACAUGCAGCAGUCUCAGACGAGCUGGAAGUCUCUAAGUCAACAGUGCUGGGAUCAUCGAUUUAGUAUAGAACUGGACAGAUCUAGGGAACUGGAAAUAGCAAUAUACUGGCGAGAUUGGAGACAGAUGGCAGCUAUCAAAUUCCUAAGAUUGGAGGAUUUCCUGGAUAACCAGCGACAUGGCAUGGCCAUUCAUCUGGAACCACAGGGAAUACUGUUUGCUGAGAUUACAUUUUUAAAUCCUACUUUGUCGAGAAAGCCAAGACUUCAAAGACAGAGAAAAAUAUUCCCAAAACACAAAGGAAAGGACAUUUUGAGAGCUAAGCAGGUCAACAUCAAUGUUGCUACAUGGGGUCGUCUCAUGAAAAGGUCACUGCCACAGCAAUGCACAGACUCCAACGCACUCUCCCCACCUACUCAAAUUACAUCCCCAGGUAUAAUGUCUUCAGACAGGGGACCCCCUAUUCAUCAGAUCAAUUUUGAGCCCAUGUCCCCUGGGGAGCGACCACCACGAAUACCAGAUUCCUCCCCACCUUCCAUUCUUUAUGCAAAAAAUGAAUUUACAACACCCCCUCACCAGCGAGAAACUGCUGUGCAGGAUGCCUUGAAGUCGUUUGACUUCCUGCCAGAUGACCAGUCUAAUGUGAUAGACCUUGACAACAUGGAGCCGGCCCCAGCCAACGCUCGACCUGUGUCUUACAAGGACUACCGCGCCCCCUCACCCCCAGUUCAGCCCCGCCUGCCUCCACAGUCAUCAGUAGAAACACCCAAGUCUUCCAGACAACAGUCUUAUGCAAUGGAAACUGACUAUUCAAGCCAGCAUGUGAACAUGGAUGAGUUCAGGCCCAUAAGUGUACUGGGAAGAGGGCAUUUCGGAAAAGUUAUCUUGGCGGAGUACAAAAAUACCAAUGAAUAUUAUGCCUUGAAAGCUCUGAAAAAGCCAGACAUUAUUGCUCGAGAUGAGGUGGAAAGCUUGAUGUCUGAAAAGAGAAUCUUUGAAGUUAUUAAUUCCAUGCGACAUCCAUUCCUUGUUAAUUUAUUUGCUUGUUUUCAAACUGAGGCUCAUGUUAUAUUUGUUAUGGAGUACGCUUGUGGAGGUGAUUUAAUGAUGCACAUCCACAGCGACGUUUUCUCCGAGCCUCGUACUGUGUUCUACUCUGGUUGUGUAGUGUUAGGUCUCCAGUAUUUACAUGAACAUGAUAUAGUUUAUAGGGACUUGAAGUUAGAUAAUUUAUUGCUAGACCAAGAGGGUUAUUUGAAAAUAGCCGACUUUGGGUUGUGUAAAGAGGGGAUGGGCUAUGGUGACAGAACGAGCACAUUCUGUGGGACCCCUGAGUUCCUGGCACCAGAGGUUCUGACAGAGACGUCUUACACCAGAUCAGUGGACUGGUGGGGCCUCGGAGUACUUAUCUUUGAGAUGUUGGUGGGAGAGUCUCCUUUCCCUGGUGAUGAUGAGGAGGAAGUUUUUGAUAGCAUCGUCAAUGAAGAGGUCCGGUAUCCCCGCUUCUUGUCCACAGAAGCCAUAGCUAUCAUGAGGAGGCUUUUGAGGAGGAAUCCUGAUCGCAGGUUGGGGUCCAGUGAAAGAGAUGCUGAUGAUGUCAAGAAACAGGCAUUCUUUAGGAAUUUGGCCUGGGAUGACUUGCUCAUGAAGAAAGUUAAGCCUCCAUUUGUUCCUACAGUGAAACAUUCUGAAGAUGUGAGCAAUUUCGAUGAGGAAUUCACUCAAGAGAGGGCCGUGCUAACUCCUGCCAAAGACCGUAAAUCAUUAGCUCCUGAGGAUCAGUCACUGUUUAGAGACUUUAACUACAUUGCUGAUUGGUGCUAGCAGUGGGUCACAAAGUUCAAAGGUCAACUGACCAGAGACAGUCUGCAUCAGUAUUCUUCCAGUUUCCAUGUUGCCAGCAUUUUUCACUGGCAUUGAUCAAGCAAGCAGAAAAUUCAGUGAGGAUUGAAUGUUGCUAACUUACAAAUAUAUUGCUUGGAUCAAAUGUCAAGAAGUAUUAUAUGUUAGAACACACUGCUUUUAUGUUGAAGGUUAAAAUAACAUUUAUGCACUUUCACCAUACCUGCUCACGUAGCAAGAACAAAGUCACAUUGAUUUCUCCAUUUCAUUAUCAUUAGUACUGGAGCAGGGAUGAGAAUCAUUAGUUAAUGUUCAUGUCAGUCUACUACAGUACAGGGAUAGACUCCUGCAAAGAGUUGUGCAAAUCUACAAGGUUAAAUGUUGGUGCAUUCAGUCAUAAUAUUGUACAAAUGUGUGCAAGGGCACCUGCUGUCUGAGCGGAGGCCCGUGUUGACUGGUUAAUAUGAGAAUAUCUUCCCCUCAACUGUGAUAUUUCUGUGGUCUUUAUGGAGGAGAUGUGUGAAUCACAGCAUCUAUUUAUAAGGGAGUCGAUUAGUAAAUAUUAUGUGAAUAUUUGGAAAGUUAUGAAUAAAUUAGUGCAUUAAUAGCUUUGUACACAUUUCUUAUUGAUUGUUGCUACUGAGGGAAUUCAUUGCCCAGUCAUUUUAUUGGGAGUUAUAAUGAAUAAACAUGAAAUAAGCUGA